AGUGAGCUGAGUGACGACGUCGAGCUCUUCCUUCCUCGAAAGAUGCGCGUGGUCGUUUCAGUCUUUUGGAUGGUGGCAGGGACGGCGUGGGCGCUGGAGGAAAACAGCGUGGACAACCUGUACGACGAGCAUUUUCCUCCUCUUCACCCGAACUGCACCCAGAGUCUCACAGACCUUCUCUUGCUGCGCCUAGAAGUCCAGCUGAAAGAACUGAAGCAGGCCGAGCAAGCGUCUGCAGGGAUCUUGAGGGAGAUGGCGGACAUCUUGACUGACAAUAAGGUUUCCUUCACGUCUAGAGAAGUAUCCUGUCCUGGUAACUUCAGAAAAUUCGGCGACACUUGUCUGUAUCUUGCCAAAGAGACCGACCUGACUUGGGAAGCUGCUCGAGUCUUUUGUCAAGACUUGGGAGGAGAUUUGGCCGUGUUUCGAGACGCCAACGCGUUCGCAGAGGCUCUCAGAUACGUCAAAAGUUCAGUCGCUGCAAAGGACACGACUGCGUGGGUGGGCGGGAGAGACCACUUAGUGGAGGGGGAAUGGAGGUGGGUCGACGGGGAAGACAUGCCGAGAGGAACGCCCUUCUGGGGAGACUAUAAUUACGUGCGCGAACCAGCUCAAGGCGCAGCGGCGAAUUGCGCCGCCCUGUAUGGCCCUGACGGGUUCUUGGUGCACGACGGCGUCUGUGGAUCGAAAUACAAGCCACUAUGUCAGAUUAAGUUAUCAAGGAAAUAAAUCACUGAAUGCAUAACAUAUAUAUGUGUGUGUAUGUGUGUGUGUGUGUGUGUGCAUAUGUGUGUGUGUG